UGCAGCAUCACCAGUCGAACCACUCCCAGUCAGCUCCCUGCUCCCCGUCACCGUUCAACCCGGCGUGUCCAGCACCGCCAUGAACCCAAUCGCAAUCUCCACGCCAUAAUGCGACCACCACGAUGUCUCCUCCCCGCCGCGGAGAAGAUCCUCCUCAAAGCAGCUGCACCCGCCAGCCGACGGUGCAUGUCCUCGUCCGCAGCCUUCCAGCCGCCUAGAAUAGUCGCUGCCACUCCAUGGAAGGGGUCUUCGUUUUUCCUCUCGAAUAGAUUGUUUGAUAGAUCGACAUGUCUCGAUUUUGUAAUAUUACGGCGUGCCAAUGGCAUUAGAUCCACGUCGGCUUCGGCGGCUACGAUAUCUUCUACGAAUACUGCGCAGACGGAGCCGGAACAGGAACUAGCACCUCAUCGAAGACGACAGGCUCAACGGAGAGAGAAAGCUGCGGCUGAAGCUGCGGCCGCUGCAGCUCGCGGCGAAAAACCACUACCUCCAGAUGCUUCAUCCCUCCUCGCUUCACACGCCGCUUCGCAAACGAGUUCUUUCCGCCGCUACCUCUCCGCAUGUCUCUCCCUCUCAAAACCCCGAUUAACAAUGCUCGUCGCCCUUACUGCUAUGGCUACAUACGCUUUAUACCCCGUUCCCGAAAUGCUGUCGCCGAGUACUACCGAGACGCCGAGUUUGAGUCCCUUAACAUUAUUAUUCCUCACGAUUGGCACGACGCUAUGUUCUUCUAGCGCCAAUGCCCUAAACAUGCUUUAUGAGCCUUCGACGGAUGCUAAGAUGACUCGAACUCGAAACCGACCGCUUGUGCGAAAACUCAUCUCUCAAAGGGCUGCGGUUCUGUUCGCAGUCUUGUCUGGAGUUUUGGGUACAGGCGCCUUGUACUUUGGUGUCAACCCCACUGUUUCCGGACUUGGGUUCGCCAAUAUUGUUAUCUACGCUGGAAUGUACACACCUCUCAAGGCCGUAACGGCUUUCAAUACCUGGAUCGGAGCGGUGGUAGGUGGCAUUCCUCCUCUGAUGGGCUGGGCUGCGGCUGCUGGCGAGACUGCCACAAAAGACGGCUCAUGGCGUGAGCUUUUGUUCUCCCCCGACGGUUCAUCCAUUGGCGGCUGGGUCAUGGCUGGUCUGUUAUUCGCAUGGCAAUUCCCCCACUUCAUGGCGCUCAGCUGGCCCAUUCGCGAAGAGUACAAAAAGGCCGGUCUUCGAAUGCUAGCAUGGACAAAUCCCGCACGAAACGGCCGAGUCGCUCUGCGUUACAGCUUCGUCUUCAUUCCCCUCUGUGUAUCUCUCUGCGCCGCAGGAGUAACCGAGUGGUCCUUCGCAGUAACGAGUUUACCAAUAAAUGCCUGGCUUAUCAAAGAAGCCGUGCGCUUCUGGCGGUACGAGGGUCACCAGGGCAGCGCGAGAAGCCUUUUCUGGGCCAGUGUAUGGCAUCUCCCUGGCAUUAUGAUCCUGGCUUUGUUACACAAGAAGGGAAUGUGGAGUAGAGUCUGGAGGAGUGUUUUUGGCGAAGAGGAGGGAGAGUGGGAGGAGGAGGAACUGGAUGAGAUGAUGGGCAUGGCUGCGGAGAGUGCAAAUAGCCAGUUGCAGCACGAUAAGCCUGUGCGGUGACGUGUAGGAUAACGAAUGAAUAUGUAACAACAAUUGUAUCUGUGACGGGAAAUAGAUUUGUCGCAUUUGGCUUUGUCAACUGUAAGAAACUCACUCAUACAUCACAACUGUAGAUUCUGUGAAUAGAAGAAGGACAUGAAAGACGAAACACUUCUUCAUAGCGAAUGCGUAAAUAGAUUGCAAAAGACAAUGCGCUGCUAGAUCCUCAU